UUCACCACAGAAGAUGAGUUUCUGAAAUGGCUAGAAUUGCACCGUUCGCUGGCGCUCCUGUUCAAGAGAGCCUCUACCGCGCUCAUCACCCACAACAUUGUGGGGUGGGAGGGCAGUCUCACUUCUUUGCCAUCCAUAGUGUACAACUGCAAGUCCGACAUUGAAAGCCCACCGCCGACAGUGAAUCGUCCAGACGAUGUUGCGCUGUCAGUCACUUCAUUUCCGACUCUUGGCACAGCUUACGCAGCCAUGUAUGGCUGCACGCAGCCCGUCAUUGAGUCAACUAUUAAGUGCCUGGAAGACUUUGGUGGACAGGCCUUUCAUCCUCUCGCUAUGCCAGUAAUAUUCGCGGAACUAGAACGCGCACGCCUGGUAGGUUUGCUUGACAGGGAGAAAGAGGCGCUUGCCAAACGUAUCUUGGAGUUGGAAAACAAGCUUCGAGGUGAAGACCAGAGUUCUAUUUCUGAGAAGGCAGAUUCUGAGCCCACAUCACAAACGAGAGAUUCUACGACAUACUUCAAGUCACCUGUCGAAGGUAGCAAUAAGAUUGAUGAACAUGCCGAAGAACGAAGAGCAGGAAGCAGGAUUGAGAUGAGAUUACGCGAGAUGGUUGAUGAGUUGGGAAGCAAGAUCCGAAGCUGUGAAGCUCUCCUCGGCGGGAUGUCCCUAGCUGCACAAAUGGAAUCAAACUACUACACGAGACGAGACGCUAAAGUAUCCAUCAUCAUUGCAAAUGCUACGAAGAGAGACGGCAGCCAAAUGAGAAGCAUUUCCCUGCUAGGGAUGAUCUUCCUGCCUGGAACAUUUCUUGCAUCCCUUUUCUCCAUGUCUUUCUUCAAUUGGACUCCCCCAGAUGGUAAUCAAAUCAUCUCGCCGUGGAUCGCUCUCUAUGGCGUCCUUGUAAUCGUGAUCACAUUGAUCACUGUCUGGGGUAUGAGGAAGUGGAUGGAAGCAGAAGAGAAGAAAGCUAGGGAACAGAUGGCGAAGGAGGUCAAUAGCGAUGGUGACUCCAUUGUAUGA